AUGGGACAGAGUUCUACUCAUUUAAAUAGUCAAAUGCAACAACAAGAAACCUCAAUUCCGUUAUGGAAAUAUGAUAAAGAAAGGCAUGGAUGGUCACAAAAACAAUGUAAUACUACAGAUUCUUCAAACAAGGAAUGGAAUCAAUUUCGUGUAGUUACAUACAAUGUUUGGUUUUCUGAUAAAUAUCAACCAAUGCGGGUUCAAAAUCUUUCUGAUAUAUUGAAUAAAUCCAAUGCUCAAGUAAUUGCUUUACAAGAAAUGACAAAAAAUAUUCUUCAACAUUUAUUAGCACAACCAUUUGUUCAAGAAAGAUAUUAUAUAUCAGAUGGUGAUGGUCGUACAUUCAAUGGUUGGUAUGGUGUAGUCUUAUUAAUUGAUAUUCAUCUUCAUGUUUCACGUUUAAAUCUAAUUAAUUUUCCACAAUCGAAUAUGGGUCGUCGUUUAGUACUUGCUGAAAUAAAAUUAGAUAAUAAUGAAAUACUUCGUAUUGGUACUGUUCAUUUAGAAUCUUUAAACAAUGCACCACAACGAUUAUGUCAGUUAAAUAUAUGUCAGAAUGCAUUUAACCGUUCUCCGGGCACAUGUAUUUUGAUGGGUGAUUUUAAUUUUCAUGCCCAAGGUCAAGAAAAUAUUGAUCAAUUCAAAGCAUUACCUGGAUGGAUUGAUGUAUGGACGAAUAUAAUGGGUAUUGACAAUCGUGGUUAUACAUUUGAUACAGAAACAAAUUCAAUGACAAAACUUCAUAAUGGAGGAGCAGAUCAAUCGAGAUAUGAUCGAAUUAUUCUACGAAGUAAUACACUGAUUCCAACUGAAAUUGAAAUCUUAGGUAAUAAAAGUAUUGGUAUUGAAGAAGAUUUACAUAUAUUUCCAUCGGAUCAUUUUGGUUUAACAGCUGUAUUUGAAAAGAGAAACUAA